AUGUCAUAUACAACACGAUGAUUAUUUAGUACAUCACAUAAAGAUAUUGGUAUUUUAUAUCUUAUCUAUGGUAUGAUUAGUGCUAUGGUUGCUACUGCCAUGUCUGUUAUUAUUAGAUUAGAAUUAUCUGGACCUGGUGAUCAAUUCUUACACGAAAAUCGUCAGGUUUACAACGUUCUGGUAACUGGACAUGCUAUUGCUAUGAUUUUUUUAUUUGUUAUGCCAGUAUUAAUUGGAGCAUUUGGAAAUUUCUUUUUACCAAUAAUGAUUGGAGCAGUAGAUAUGGCAUUUGCAAGAUUAAAUAAUAUUAGUUUCUGAUGUUUACCUCCUGCUUUAGUAUGUAUCAUUGGUUCUAUAUUAAUUGAAUCAGGAGCUGGUACGGGAUGAACCGUAUAUCCACCAUUAUCAUCAAUAAGUGCUCAUUCAGGUCCUUCAGUAGACUUAGCUAUCUUCGCAUUACACUUAACAAGUAUUUCAUCUUUAUUAGGUGCUAUUAACUUUAUUGUUACUACUUUAAACAUGCGUAGUAUAGGUGUACAUAUGAUCGAUAUGCCUUUAUAUGUUUGAGCUAUAUUCUUUACAGCUAUAUUAUUAUUAUUAUCAUUACCUGUAUUAACAGCUGGUGUUACAUUAUUAUUAAUGGACCGUAACUUUAACACAGGAUUCUAUGAAGUAGCUGCUGGGGGAGAUCCGAUCCUUUAUGAACAUUUAUUUUGAUUCUUUGGACACCCUGAAGUGUAUAUUAUAAUUAUACCAGGAUUUGGUAUAAUAUCACACGUUAUUUCUACUUAUAGUAAAAAAGAAAUUUUUGGACAUACUGGUAUGAUUUAUGCUAUCGCUAGUAUUGGUUUAUUAGGAUUUUUAGUAUGAAGUCAUCAUAUGUACGUAGUAGGCCUUGAUAUUGAUAGUAGAGCUUACUUUACAAGUGCAACAAUGGUUAUUGCAGUGCCAACAGGUAUUAAAAUAUUCUCAUGAUUAGCAACAUUAUACGGUGGUGAAUUAAGAUUAGCAGUUCCUAUGUUAUUUGCAUUAGGUUUCUUAUUCUUAUUCACUGUAGGUGGUUUAACAGGAGUUAUGUUAUCUAAUGCUUCAAUUGAUGUAGCUUUCCAUGAUACUUAUUAUACAGUAGGUCACUUCCAUUAUGUAUUAUCUAUGGGAGCUUUAUUUAGCUUAAUUGCUGGAUAUUAUUACUGAGGAUAUGCUAUGUUUGGAUUAAACUAUAAUAAAGUAUUAGCUGAAGCACACUUCUGAUUAUUAUUCAUUGCUGUUAACUUAGUAUUCUUACCUAUGCAUUUCUUAGGUCUUAAUGGUAUGCCUCGUCGUAUACCAGAAUAUCCUGAUGCAUUCUUAGGAUGAAAUAUGGUAAGUUCAUGAGGAUCAGUUAUGUCAGUUCUAUCUGUAGUAUUAGGAUUAUAUAGUGUAUUAGUUCAAUUAACUGAAGGUGAAAACAUAGCACGUGAAGAAGCAGUAACACCAGAUUAUUUAGAAUCUAAUAAUACAAGAGAAACACGUGAUUCUGAUUUAGAAUUAAUAUUAUCUAAACCUGCACACUAUCAUACUUACUCUGAAUUACCUAUCUUAAUUGAAAGGGUAUAA